AUGUCGAAUCCUCGCGGAAAACCUCCGCCACAACGGAAAUUGGGUAGUCCAACUACUGCGUUCGAUGUUGUGUUUGGAGUUGCGGUUCAAAUUGCCCGAAAGUUGUUGUUCAUCUCGCCUGCCAAGAAGGCGAUUUUCCAUCUUGUUUUGAUCGUCACACUGUCGAUUUAUUCAGUGUAUUCUACUCUUCCUGAAGUUUACUUGGCACAAGUAAGUUUUUUUCAAAUUUUUUGAUUUGAUAUUUAGGCAUUUUUGAAGCUUCUUUUUAUAUUAUACAUGGCCAUGAUUGAUCAAAAUUUUAAGCUUUUAUUUUGAAGUCCAAAAUAAGGUUUGUGCCAUUUCAGAAGCAUAAUAUCCUCAAUUUGUACUUCACAAAAAUUGGAUGGUUCUGGACUCUCCUCGCCCUUGUCCCAUUCGUCUCUUUGACCUCCUACAUUCAUCAUAAUUCAAUUCGAACAACUUUGAUCCAUCUGACUCGGCUAGUGGUUGCAACUGGGUUUUGGUACUUGUGUACUGGAACGUAAGUCAUUUUUUCGCUUAUUUCAAUUCAAAAUUUAGUUUUCUGCACGUCGAAAAAGUGACUGGAAAAUGCAUGGGAUUCCCGGAAGCUCUGAAUCGACAUGCCUGCUCGAAAGAUGGUGGAAAGUGGGUUCCAGGAUUUGAUAUCUCAGGACACGCUUUCAUUUUGCUGUACAGCAUCUUGUUGAUGAGUGAGGAGGUAAGGUUUGCGAGUUUAUGGAGGUCGGAUAUUAUUUUAGGUAACUAUUAGCUAAAAAAUUUAAUAGGUUGGAGGAGAAGUGUAAUCAAGGUCCGAAUUUUUUUCAUAGUGCGUUGUAAGAAUAUCUUUGUUGAUUUUCGAAAGUUUCGUGUUUCAAUUUUUGGUAAGAGCUGAGAUAUAGCGAUAUUGUAGUAGGUUAGAGAGCAAGGAAAAUAUUAUAGAAAUUACGCUAACCUGAGGGAAUUAUUGGUCGGGAUAGGUCUCAAAGGUCUCGUUUUUAAGUCUUGUCCAAAAAAUUUUCAUUUUCCUACGGAAAUUUCGUCAAAAACGAGAUUUUUUGUAUUUCAAGGUCCAAUUUUCCGAAAAAGUUUGAAAAAUGGCAAAUAUUCUUUUUGUAAAGCUUUUUGAAGGCUGUCAAUAGUUUCUAUUUGAAGAUUAAUCAAUAUUUUCUUAUUUUUAGGCCAUUUCCUUCCGUCAUUGGCCCACCACCCCACUCCAUAAUCACAUCUCCCAUGACUAUCAUCGGAACCAAACCAAGACCGUCCAAUGGCUCUUUAUUGCCAUUUUUGUCCUCCAUAUUAUCUGGGAUAUCCAGUUGAUCGUGACCUCGCUGUAUUUCCACACAAUGUCCCACAAAGUUAUUGGAGCAUUAUUUGCGAUUGGCGCAUGGGUGGUAACAUAUCGGAUAUGGUAUCCGAAAGCCAUUAUUUUGCCGUUACCCACAAGAAGGAAGGAUUCGGUCGUCACGAAUGUGAAUAUUACAAACAAAAAAGGACGUUAG